UUCACUCACAUCACGUGUCUGAUGCUGUUGCGAUAUUGGAUCUGAUGUACAUUGUUGAGGUCUGAUAAUGUCGUCUCAUGUGAAAUCGGUGAGAUUCAUCAGCGGUUUUGUGUUCGGUUCUGUGUUCAGCACCGGAUCGUGUCUCGUGGCUCUGAAACUCUAUAAACACGAGGAGGAGAAAGCAGAGAGCGCGAGCUCGACAACACAUCAGCUCAUCGAGCGCGUUGGUCUGCCACAAACCGGCGCUGACGUCCGAUUCUACUUCAACCACAUUUUAUCAUAUGAUCAGACCCACCGGACGCCCAGAUGGGUGACGGAGCACCUGUCCGAUCAGCGCUUAUUGGGUAAAGCCGAUAGAAAACACUGCAGAUUUAAACCGGAUCCGAACAUUCCCGAACUGUUCACGGCACGAAAUGAGGAUUAUCUGCGCAGCGGCUGGUCGCGGGGUCACAUGGCGCCCGCGGGCGACAACAAAAUCUCUGAGCAAGCGAUGGCAGAAACCUUCUAUCUGUCCAAUAUCGUCCCACAGAACUAUGAGAACAACGCUGGAUUCUGGAACAGGCUGGAGAUGUUCUGCAGAGAUCUCACUCAGAAGUUUGGUGACGUGUGGGUCGUAUCUGGACCUCUGAUGCUGCCGCGGGUGGAUGAGAACGGCAGGAAAACCGUCUCUUAUCAGCUGAUCGGAGAAGACAACGUCGCUGUUCCUACUCACCUGUACAAAGUGGUCCUGGUGCAGAGAGAUUCAUCUGAAGAUUCCCGCGCUCUCGGAGCGUUUGUGGUUCCCAACUCUCCGAUCGGCUUCGACCGUCACCUGACCGAGUUUCAGGUGAGUCUGUCUGAUUUAGAGCGGAUGUCUGGCCUGACGUUUUUCCCUAAAGUGGAAAAAGCCGAAGAGCUGAAGAGCUUGUGUGAGGUGGACUCGUGCCAGCUGAUGGACUUCAAAGGCUUCACGCUGUACAUCAGCGGCCGUAAGGUGGCCAGCGCGCGGACGCUUCAGCGGUUGGAGAAGGUGAUGGAGGAGCUGAGAGACGCAGGGAUCACACCUGAUGAUUACCUGAACAAUCUUCACCUGGAGAAGAAACGAGAGCUGCUGGAGAAAGAAACUCAGAAGAAGACUUGAAUGUUUUCGCCUCAUUUGUUUUACCAGGAAGUGUUACUGGGUCUGUACGUCUACCGUUGAAGCUUGAAUUUGAAAGAUUGACCUGAUUUUACCGUGAUCAACGUUUUUGAGUCAUCACUUACUUGAAAUCUUUUCCUCAUUACAAAACUGGUGUGGGCAGACUCCCAGCCUUUAAAGUAUGUCAUCUUCACAUCAUAAAAAUAUCUUUUUUACUCUGUGAUUAGAGAUGAGAUGGAAGUGGGUUAAUGUGGUGGGUGAUUUCUUUAGAAACGUCACAUGAAGAGCUGUGUGUGUGUGUGAUAUUAAAUCAAUGACUGGAGCUCUCGGACUGUUGUCUCAUCUGAUCAAGAACUUCCCAUAACUCAAUCUGCCAUCAGAGAGGGAGUAUCUCGUCUCGUCUCGUCUCGUCUCGCCACAGCUGCACUGAGCUUCCUGACAGAAGGCCCGUGUAAUUGCAUUUGACGUUUAGAUUUGGCCGUGGUGGAACACAGGAGCUGUCUGCGUCUGUUGUACACGUGGCAUUACGAGCGGAUCUUCAACACGGCGCAGUCCUGGAGGUUUAGACUUGAUUUCUGCUGAUACUGAAGAAAUCUCUCGGCUGCUUCAUGAACGCAUGAUCGUUCUCGUGUGAUCUUAUGAUCUACAGUAGGUUGUUCCAGGUCAUGUGACCUCUUCCUGACAAGGUCAAGACACACGUGUGACCUCUAAUCCAGUGUCAAAAGUUAACUCGGAGAAUUUUUCAGAUCGAUUUUCCGAGGCUUGUUUGAACCUUAAUGAAGGGCGUUCAUAUCUCUCUUACUGUUAUGUUUCGUGAUUAGGGGUGUUCAACGGUUAAUGGCAUUCAGAAUAAACGUUUGUGUACUGUGCAUAUUUAUUUUCUAUUCAUAAACACGUACACAUGCAUGUAUAUCGAAAUAUUUGUAUAGGAUUUAAAUUAUAUAAACAUUUAUUCAUUUUCAUAUUUUAACUAUAAAUAUAUACAACAACCCUAAUUAUGAUGUCAAGUCAUAAAGUUAAGUCAAAUCAACCAUAGUUAAUUAUUACAGUAAAUGUAUAUGUUAAUAUUUUUGGGUUUACUUUACUUAUACUUUGGGUUUCUUUAAAGGGAUACUUGACCCAAAAAUAAACAUUCUGUCAUUUACUCACAUUUGAGUUGUUCCAAAUCUGCAUGUCUUUGUUCUGAAGAACACAGAAAGAUAUUUGGAAGAAUGCUUGUAACCAAACAGUUCUUGGACCCCAUUGACUACCAUAGUAGGAAUAAUUACUUUAUAUAUUAUAUGAUUACUUAAAUCUUUUUUUUUUGUUCUGUUGAACACAGUUCUGGGGCACUUUUGUCAUUUGUCCUACUAUGGGAGUCAGUGGGGUCCAAGAAUGGUUCGGUUACAAGCGGUUACAAGGUUUGGAACAACUCGAGAGUGAGUCACUCGUGACAGAAUUUUCACUAUCCCUUUAAAUCUCUGGAAACACUUAAACAUGAAGCUUCGUACAAGUGUGAGAAUGUACCAUUGUUCUCAUUCUGUAGGUUUUUCCGUGGAACCAGAAAUGGUUCAUAUAGGAUUCUGCCCUGUAGUGAUGCUUUAGAACAUGAGAACCCAGAGUUUUCAGCAGGGACGUUUAUUUGCACAUUUUUCAUAUCUGGUGCAUUUGUGCCCCGAGCCUGCGCUUCAUUUCUGUUUUUUCUUUUUUGUAUUACACUGUUUGUUCCCUUAAUGAUGUUGAUUUUGUUCAAUUGAAUUUUAUUUCUAUAGCGCUUUUCACAAUGUGGAUUGUUCCAAUGCAGCUUUACAGGAGAAAAACACAGAAAAGGUAAAACACAGCACAGUGCAUGCCGGUGUUUAUAGAACAAGCAAGAUCACUCUAGUAAAUAAUAUCUAAUAAAUGCAGUUUCCCGGUGAGCAAGCCAGCCAACAAUGCCCUGUGGCGAGAACCCAAACUCCAGUGAGAAAUAAAUGGAGGAAAUAAAACCUCGGGAGAAACCAGACUCAGCCAGGAGGACCAGGUCUCCUCUGACGUGUCACAGCUGCACUCACUGACUGUGUUCUAUCCGUGACCUUGAUACCCUGACACUUUGACCUCUGGCUGUAAUAAAAGCUGACAUCAUCUCGCUGUGUGUGUGUGUGUGUGUGUGUGUGUGUUCAUGUUUGUAUAUCCCGGUGGGGACCUAAACCUGAAUACACACCAACACAUGGGGACUCGUGUCACCGUGGGGACCAAAAUUGAGGUCCUCAUGGGCACAAAAGCUUAUAAAUUGUACAGAACAAUAUUUUUUACAAAUCUAAAAAUGCAAAAAGUGUUCUAUGAUCUUUAGGUU